AUGUUAGCAACGAAUCUUGUGGUUGUGGAAGCCAAACGUGAGUCUUGUACCGACAAUGCAAUGGCACAACUAGCCGCUUGUAUGAGGAUCGUCCACACUACAUGCAAAGAGUCGAAGGAGAACUGUGUGGUGUAUGGUGCCUCGUCUGCUAGGAGGACUCUUCGCUUCUGCCGGAUUGAUAAUGCUGGCGUCUUUGUGGAGCGGGCUUCUAGAGUGAAAUUUCCAGCACAGAGAAUCUAUUCUAUCAUGCAGUCCCUCCUCCAAGCAGCAGCACAUUCAUCACCGACACCGAUGAAGGAUCCUAUGGAAAAGGGCCCUUACUGGAUUGGAAGUUUUCUACCAGGACGAUGUAGACAUGGAGGAAUGCGAAGUCAUCGAUCACUUGCGAGCGUGCUAUGUCUUAUAUGCUUGGCAGUUGAGGUUCAAAGAAGCCAGAGUCAAGAGAGCAGUGGAAUAGAGAAGUUACUUGUACACCUUCCAUUGUCAUUCAGCUUCCAUUAUCUGGAGAUCAACGAGCAAGCCCUGGACACAGAGGAACUAGAGAUCAAACUCGAACGGAUUCCACAGCUCCAGACAUAUGUGCGCGAGCUCGAAUACAUGCUGAGGCAACUCGAGUUCUAUGCUCGCUACGGAGAUUUUUUGCGGAAGCCUGUCGACUUCCUAACCACUUUGCCGAUUCAAGAAAAGUCCCUGGUCGCGAAACACUCGGAGAAAUUUGAAAAGAGAACCGAUUUUGGGAGAAGGCUAUGGUUGGGAAGGAACCGUACACUCUGUGAAACCCAUAUUGGUCAACAAGAAAUGGGUAGAGGGACGCCGGACUGUUUCGACUUUGGGGCGAGCGAGAAGGUGUCAACGACAGACCUUGAGGAGCAUCGAGGAGGUUCUUGA